AUGGCGGAGAGACCCCCCAGCCGCCCCAGGGUGGCUUGGCAGGAGGAGGUUGGGGCUCCCCAGGAGCUCAGAUCUCCACUGGACCCCAAGCACGUGGAUGUGGUCCAGCCACUGCAGAUCGAUGCCGAUUCGUUACCCGUGAAUGGAUUUCUAAGGGGAUACAUGGACUCCAUUGUGUCCUUUCUCGGCAGCCCAGAAAAGGAGGAGAGCCACAAGAUCGGGUUUCUCAUGGACAUCCGUGACCUGUGCGACACCAGCAGGCGCCAGCGCUCCCCAAUGGGCCUAGAUGUCUUCUGCCAGAGAUACGAGCUGGCGGAGAAUAUCGAGGUGAGGGGAUACCCAGCAGCGCUGGGGAAGGGGUCGAGGACUCCGGCACCGGCACCCUGUGAGGACAGCGCUGGGCAGGGCCGGGGGCUGGUGGCGCUGGGCUCUGGCAGCUGCAGGUCCCAUCCCGGCUGUGCUCUGCAGGUGCUGCUGGAAGAGGAGCCCAGGGACCAACUGCGCACGGCGCUGCGGCAGAUCGCCAUGCGUGCCAUUGCCGAACUGAGGUACCUGCCCAUCCCUCCUGGGGUCGCCUGCACGAGGCCUCGAGGCGCUGCUCCAGGUACCAGCGUGCGGCUGGCUGCUCUCUCUCUUUGCAGCGCAGUGGAGAGGGUGCUGGAGGGCAAGGAGACAAGGCUGCUCCAAGCCUGCUUCUCCAGUGUCUUCUCGCUUCCACCAGAAGUGGAGGACAUGGACCGUUACCUCUACUUAGAAACCAUGCGGUCCAUGGACAACAUGCUGCAGGCAUUGCUCCUCAACUCUCGUGCCUCCAGAGUCAGCGAGCUGCUGCAGAAUAUCUUCCAGAUGCUCCUGACUCUGAGCAGCUCCGAGAGAGAACAUGUGCGGCAGAGGGCCGUGGGGAGGAUUGAGGGGCUGAGCUUCGUGUUGGCUGAGAAUCCCACACUGGAGGCCUGGUGCCGCUCUAGGACAGACAUACACGGCCCUGUCAGCUAUAGAGACAUCCAGAUCCCAGUGCUGGGACAGCUGCUGGGGCAUCUCCUCCUUUCCCAACAUUCCUGGGAAGAGGCAAGAACUCUGGCUCGAGAUGCAGUGCAGCACCUCGCUGUCUUCCUGGCUGGACAAAACAGUAAGAGAAGUUGUUUUGGGCUCAAUCCCUCUACACACAGACAUCUCCUGAUGGGUCUGCUUCUGUUCCUCACCUCCUUUGUCCUUCCCAGCUGCUUCCCGUAG